AUGGCGGACACUAGGCCUACGACCUUCGUACCUCCGCCGGAUCGAUGCGAUCCUCUAAUCCGCUACCUUUCGCAUCAACCAACCGUUCAGAUCAGAAGAGCCCGGGCUGGACUGCGAGAAUACUUGGUAUAUGUUGGGCACCGGUCUCAUUCUCACUGCGAAGCUUCCGUGAUCUGGGCGUAUCUAUUCCCACAUAAAAAUUCGCUCAGCAUGCGAUUACGCGAAGGAGUCUCGAACGCCCAACUUUCCAUUGACGGCUUCCUCGGUGAACGGUCAGAAAGCCCUGUCUACGAACUUGCAGUCUGGUUGCAUCGAUUGAUGGAGAAUUCCCACGUAACGAUGCCUAAUAAGUCUCAACCCAAAAGGGCAUGGGAGCCGGUACAAGCCCUGAUCAAAGAUGCAGUGCACGCUGCCUUGGAUGAAUGUGCCGGACAUGAGAUUCACUACGGACUCGCCCGGACACGCGCACUACACGAUGCUAACAUAGUCGCCCCUUACGAGAUCUCUGGAAUGCUUCCUCGGUAUUGGGUCAGUCAGUUCCCCAAGCCGUGUGCUUCGCGAACUGCAUUCUCCUUUGAUCCCGAGCUUGGAGAUGGAGAUCUCGUAUGGAAAGAAAACGCAACAAGCGAGCCUCAUAGUCAUCUUUCCAACUCCUCCAAGCAUACGAACACAGAUCGUGAAGUUACGAAGGCUGAGAGAACCAGUCGUGAGCGAGGUAUAGCUGGUAAGGUCAUGGAGCAGGUCGUCAAUUCAAAUGAAGUCGACAAUCGACCUGGUUCUGCCCUGUCAGAUACCAAUUCGAGCGCAGAGUUAGAUCAGCAGGCUAUCGCUCGCCAGAACACAGAUUCGACUCAAGACAGCAACGGGGCAGAUGAUAUCUCUCUCCAAAAUCGCCACCGUCGAGAAACCAAGAGUCAAUCCAGCUCUCGAGGAGAACUUUCAAAUUGCUCCACGGACUUCGCCACGAACGGAGACGCCAAUGCAGACUCAUCUGUAAAGGACAAAAGAGGAAAUGGUCAUACAGCUCAGGACUACAGAAAGCCACGAUUCAAUGACGAUCAGGGAGGCCCAUCACCUUGGAACAAAGAAUUCGAUCGCGUCCUUCUAACACCACUUAGAGGAGUAGCAGUCAACGAAAUCGAAGAACAUCUUCGAAAGUGGCGCGAAGGCCUUAUCGACGAGGAUACACUCGAGUCGAGGAUUGGAACAAGCUUGUCGAACGUUCGCGAAGCCCUCGAAUGGAAGAAUAAGCUUGCUCGGAACGACCCAAAGACGGUCGUCAACAACAACGGUAACAGUAAUACUGCAAAAAAGGGCAAGGAGAGAGAAUCGAGUCACAGUGACGGUGAGAGUGCGGCAGCUGAGAAUCCAGCCAAAAGACUUCGCACCGUCUAG